ACUUCACAACCGAAAACUACAGAUUAUUAUUAUUGUAGUACAAAACUUCAUGACUUUAAUGUAGUACGACUCUUAAACACCACUUAUAUAUCACACGACAUAUCUCUUAACUUGGAAUCUCAGACACACAAACCCACUAGAGAAGAUUCACAUGUCUCGUCCUCUUCUCUUCGUCUUUUUCCUCUUUCUUGUCUUGGGCGUCCCUUGUCUCUCCCAUGGAACCGGAGGAGACCAUGACGACGACGAGGCUCCGCCCGCUAAGAGUUCCGAUCUCAAAUCAAGAUCAUUAAUCUCCGUCAAAAUCGCAUGUCUUGUCAUCAUCUUUGUCCUCACGUUUAUCAGCGGCGUAUCUCCCUAUUUCUUGAAAUGGAGCCAAGGGUUUUUGGUUCUGGGGACACAGUUCGCCGGAGGAGUGUUCCUUGCAACCGCGUUGAUGCACUUCUUGUCUGAUGCUGACGAGACGUUUCGGGAUUUGUUGACGGCGGAAGGAGAGUCGGAGCCAUCUCCGGCUUACCCAUUUGCCUAUAUGUUGGCUUGUGCUGGUUAUAUGUUGACCAUGUUCGCUGAUUCUGUCAUCGCUCAUGUCUACUCCAAGACCCAAUCUUCAUCGUCAAACGACUUGGAGCUUCAUCAAGGAGAAGACAAAUCGAAUCAGAAGAGUUCAGCAACAACGAAUACGUCGAUAGGAGACAGCAUUCUAUUGAUCGUAGCUCUCUGUUUCCACUCUGUUUUCGAAGGCAUAGCCAUUGGGAUCUCAGAGACGAAAUCAGAUGCUUGGAGAGCUCUAUGGACAAUAUCACUCCACAAGGUCUUUGCAGCGAUCGCCAUGGGAAUUGCUCUUCUCCGUAUGAUCCCCGACCGUCCUUUAUUCUCCUCAGUCACUUACUCUUUCUCGUUCGCCAUCUCGAGCCCGAUUGGCGUUGCGAUCGGAAUAGUCAUCGACGCAACGACUCAAGGGUCGGUCGCUGAUUGGAUAUUCGCAGUGUCGAUGAGCUUGGCGUGUGGGGUUUUUGUCUAUGUGUCUGUGAACCAUUUGCUGGCAAAAGGGUAUCUUCCAAACAACAAGGUUCAUGUCGACGAGCCUCGUUAUAAGUUUUUGUCUGUCUUGUUUGGAGUUGUUGUCAUCGCCAUUGUUAUGAUAUGGGACACUUGAUUGUCCUCAAAGUACGGAUUUAGAGAAUAUGUUCGAUUUUUUAACGAAACAAAAAAAGGUUGUUGAUCUACCUGUACAUUGAUUUUGGAUGUUUAUGAAUGGAACGGAACAAUCGUAGCUCUGAAGAGGAAACAACAAUAGGAGAUGUUUCUUGGACUCUAUAAAACGCAGCGUAUUCAUAAUGGGUCUAGAAUUUUUAGGUUAAUGGGCCCAUUUGUGCUGAGUAGUAAUAAUAAUGGUGUCUUUGUCCCGCCACUCUCCCCAUUAGACCAGAUUACGCUUUGCAAUUCAAAAUAACCUUUGAGAGAGGUUUUCGUUACUGUUUCCGUGUCUCUCUCCUUCUCGAUUUCCAGGUCCUCGCAUCGAAGAUCGGGAAGGUCAGAUUCGUCUGGUUUGUGAAUCGAAUCGUUUUUAUUUUUUCAAUUUUCAUCCCAAAUAACUCCGUGCGGUUGCUAAGGGUUUUAGUAACCGGGAUUCGUCUCGAUGAAUUUGGGAGAUUUAAACAAGGUUUGGGAAAUUAAGGCUCUGAAGAAGAAGCCUAGGGAAGAUGAAGCCAGGAAGAUUCUGGAUAAAGUAGCGAAGCAGGUUCAGCCGAUUAUGACUAGACGGAAAUGGCGUGUCAAGCUUCUCUCUGAAUUCUGCCCAAAAAACCCAAGGCUUUUGGGGGUGAAUGUGAAUAGAGGCGUGCAAGUGAAAUUGAGGCUUCGGAGGGUAAACCAGGAGGGAGACUUCUUAUCGUACCAUGAAAUACUUGACACCAUGCUCCACGAGCUUUGCCACAACGCCCAUGCUCCUCACAACGCUUCUUUCUAUAAGCUUUGGGAUGAACUUCGAAAGGAAUGCGAGGAGUUGAUGGCAAAGGGUAUAACAGGGACAGGGCAGGGUUUUGAUGUUCCUGGGAAGCGUUUGGGUGGUUUUUCUCGCCAGCCUCCCCUUUCAUCUCUUGGGUCAACAGCAGCUACAGCAGCUGAAAAAAGAUUGCGUGCGGCUAAUCUUUUACCAUCAGGACCUCAUCGUCUCGGUGGUGAUACCAGCAUUAUGUCAGGUCUUAGCCCAGUUCAGGCUGCUGCAAUGGCUGCAGAAAGGCGUCUACUUGAUGAUAUCUGGUGUGGUUCCCAAUCCACAGAGGCUUUGGAGGAAGACCAAGAGAAUGAUGGUGAGGAACCAAGGGAAACUUGUACGAGCUUGAAUGCAAGGUCGUUAAAAAGACGUAGCAGCUCCUCAAAUGCCAUACCAUCUUCCAGUCAUCAUUGUGGAUCAGAUGUCAUUGAUUUAACAGAGGAAUCAUCUGAUGCAAGAUGUAUUAAAAGAAGUUGCAGCCCAGGCGAUCAGGGUACUUGUUCUUCCUCCAACUCUGGUGUCAUGAAAUUAUCAGAAACUUCGCCAUCGACCGGUUACAAUGCAAACCAAGGCAGAGAGGAGGAAUCUGCAAUGUGGGAGUGUGCAGAAUGCACCUUGUUGAACCCGUUGUUGGCUCCGGUAUGCGAGCUAUGCACUGCAGCAAAGCCAAAGGAAAAGGAGAUGACGCACAAAGUCUGGUCUUGCAAGUUCUGCACGCUUGAAAACGAGGUGAAGCUGGAGAAAUGCGAGGCUUGUGGUCAGUGGAGAUACUCGUACGGACAACCAUUGUCGACUCGUGCUCCUAAUGUCGGCACUUGAGGGAGUCUCCAGUCUUAGCCAUUUGUUUUUUUUUGUAAAUUGUAUCGUCUCAGACAAUGGGUCAUGUAUCUACUGCCUUCUCAAGUCUCAGACACACGUCUACAAGGAUUCUAUUUUGAAAUCAGGUCACACCAACGCUAUUCUCUACCCGACAGCUCAAACCAUCGAUUCAUUUAUGGAACUUGAUCUUACUGAUGGGCAUUGAUGUGGUGGAGGUCAGGCUCUGAAGAAAAAAAAAAAAAUCACAGUUUCUCUGACCCAAAGCCCAUGCAUGUCUGCAGUGAAGUACUUUCUAUGUUGUCGUGGAUCCCAUUAAGCUUUAGUUCAAUCUAGCUCCCCUUGUCCUCUAAAGUUCCAUUCAUUUUAUGUUUCCUCUUCAAAUUCUAUUAUUUGUAUAUGUAGUCCUGAUUUCAUAAUCUCCAUUUUCUAAGUUCUUUUUCAAUUUUGUUUUAGGUAUGUUAAAAAAAUUGAAAGUGCCAUUGUCUAAGUGAUAAUGAUAUGAUAUUUGUUGGGGCAAUUUGAUAAUUGUCACCAAAGUAAAAGGUAUAACAAUAUAUUUG